AUGCUUGAAAUCAUGGAUGGCGACGGAUACCAUUCCCACUACCGGGCUGAAGUAUACGACUUGGCUCACGAUGACAUCGACUGGAUGAAUGAGGAUGCAGGCCUCUUCUGGACGGGCUAUAAACAGAUGCGUGCCUCGCGAGCCCUAGACAAAACCGACGGAAAACCAGAUCGCUAUCGUUUGCUGGACAUCGGCUGCGGCACAGGACGAGUGUUCCGUCAGUUGGCUGUCAACCUGAAGAAGGGUUGGGUCAACCCGGAGGGCACCCACUUCCUAGGACUGGAUCUGUCGCCUCAUAUGCUUGCCCGCGCUCAAGAAAUUCUCCCAGAGACACUCACCGCACACACGUGCUACAUUCACGGCUCCGCUUUGGAGUUGCAAUCUCUCCCGGCCCUUCAGCAGCACGCCCCCGGGCGUCAGAUCGACAUGCUGACCUUUGCUGCUGGUAGCAUCAGUAUGCUCUACGAGCCGGCGGACGCGGCAGAGCGAUUCCUGGAGCAGGUGGCCACGGUCUUGCGGCCGGAGACGGGUCGUGCGUACAUCUCGAUGCGCUAUGUCUUUGACGAUUCCAGGCCCAAAGAGGCCGAGGCGGUAUCAAUGCGGUUCGCAGAGAUGGAGCGGUCAUCCGACAUUCCCAGCCAGGCCCAUCCGGGCAUCAUUUAUCGGCAUGUCGAGGAAGGGGCUGGGCAGCGACGGGAAGGGAAUUUGGUUUUCUGGGACCUGCCGAUGGAGGUGGUGGAGAAAGAUGCACAGGGCCACGAAAAGAUCCUCGAACGCGAUGUUGCGUCGAUGGGCGGGCGUGUGUGGCAAGCAGGAGAGCUGCUGAAGGCAUCGACCGCGGCUGGUUUGGCCCUCGUGGAGGAGAUUCCCACCAGUAACGAGACCAUGUACGUCUUCAAAGUGGCAUCUUAG